AUGCGGACGGCGAGGUGUCCCGGGGCGGGGCGGCGCGCGCGGCGGCUCCGCCCCCGGGCCGGGGGGCUCCAGGUGCCGGGGCGGCCCGGGGCGGUGCGUCCAGCUUCCUCGCCUCGCCCCGACCCGCCCUCCCCUGCCAGCCCCGGCGGGCUGGGGGAGCCCAGCAGCGCCGAGCGCGGCUCCGCAGCCGGCGGAAUGUCCGUCGCCGUCCCGGCGGCGGCGGCGGCGGCGGGGGGGGGGGAUAGCGCACUGCCUCGGACCGCGGCGGCAGAGGGUAGCCAGCAGAGUCACGAAGAAGAUGACAGGAAGGUAAGAAGGAGAGAAAAAAAUCGAGUCGCUGCCCAGAGGAGCCGGAAGAAGCAAACUCAGAAAGCAGAUAAACUUCACGAGGAGUAUGAGUGUCUUGAGCAAGAAAAUACCUCCCUGAAAAGGGAAAUUGGAAAGCUAACAGAUGAAAUGAAGCACUUGAGUGAAGUGUUGAAGGAUCAUGAAAAGAUCUGUCCACUAUUGCACUGCACCAUGAACUUUGUGACCAUACCAAGGCCCGAUGCACUCACCAGCUGCCUGCCAAGAUGAGACCUCUCCUCUAUAGCCUUUAAACGGGAUGUGUGAAAGUGCCAUUAGCAAGGAAUGUCUGAAGAACUGCCCACUUAUGGUGCAGGUCUUCCAUCAAAGAGCGUUGGACUUGACCAUGCAGCUGCUCUCCAUGUUGAAGUGU